AUGUCCGCCCAAAGAACCAAACCGUUUUCAAUAACACUUAAUGAAGCUCACAUCAAAUGGGUCAAGGAAACGGCAACUCAAUUCGACGACUGGAAACCAAAUAGAAGAAGAUAUCAGAAAAACGUUUUAUUAGAGUUUGAGAAGAAUUUUCAGUUGUCUGGACAACAGGAGGCAAGGCAAUUGUACAGUUUGGCGAUACAGCAUGUGUUGAGCGAUCCGAUUAUUGCAAAGGACGAGAGCACAUUGGCUAAAUUAACAAACAGGAAGCUGGCACUACAAAAAUCAGAAACAAGAACAAAUGAAUGGAGGCAGUACUGGAAACAGCCUAAAGCACAUGAAGACCUCCAG